AUUUUUUCUUCUAGGGGUACAGCUAUAGCAAGAAUUAUUGGUCAUAAUGUUACUAAACUUGAUAAUUUUGAUCAAACAGUUAAAAUGUAUGUAUUUGAAGAAGUUGUUGACGGAAAGAACCUUAGUGAAAUUAUAAAUACACAACAUGAAAAUGUAAAAUAUCUUCCAGGUUAUAAAAUUCCACCAAAUGUUGUAGCAGUCACUAAUGUAGUAGAUACUUGCAAAGAUGCAGACAUUUUGAUAUUUGUUUUACCACAUAAAUUUAUCCGUGGUGCUUGUGAACCACUUUGUGGAAAAAUAAAAUCAUCUGCAGUUGGUGUCUCUCUUGUCAAAGGCUUUGAUAUUGGACCCGAAGGAAAAGUUGAAUUGAUAUCCAAAUUAAUUCAUAAUAUAUUGAAAAUUGAUAUAGCUGUUUUAAUGGGAGCUAAUCUUGCUGGUGAAGUUGCAGAUGAAAAAUUCUGUGAAGCUACUAUUGGUUGCAAUGAUUCAAAAACAGGUAAAAUGCUUAAAGAGUUAAUUGAAACAGAUUACUUUAGGCUUUCUCUUGUUGAUGAUGUGAAUACUGUUGAAAUUUGUGGUGCUUUAAAGAAUAUUGUUGCUUGUGGAGCAGGUUUUGUAGAUGGAUUAAAAUAUGGGGAUAAUACCAAAGCAGCUGUGAUAAGACUGGGAUUAAUGGAGAUGAUAGAGUUUGGUAAUGUAUUCUAUCCAGGUGCUAAACUUACAACAUUCUUUGAGAGUUGUGGAAUUGCAGAUUUAAUAACAACAUGUUAUGGAGGAAGAAAUCGAAGAGUAGCAGAAGCUUUUGUUAAAACUGGAAAAAGUAUUGAAGAAUUGGAAAAGGAAAUGUUGGGAGGUCAGCGAAUGCAGGGACAUCAAACUGCAGAAGAAGUUGCCAUAUUAAUUGAAGAGAAAAAAGUAGAAAAUAAAUUUCCAUUAUUCUAUUCCAUACAUCGAAUCUGCAGAAAGGACAUACCACCCACGGAAUUGAUAAACUGUAUUCGCCAUCAUCCAGCUCAUCAUGUGAAAUAAAUUGUUAAUCUUUGUAGAAAUUAGAAAUUUUUUUUAACAAAAUCUCCAUUGGCAUGUUUAGAAUUUUUAAGUCAUUUAUUUUUUAAUAAUUACAUGCAUUAUAUUCAAAAUAUAAGAUUUAUAAUUUAUUAAAAUACAUGGAAUUUUCUAUGUUAUAAAAAAAAUCAUGUAAUUAUGUUCACACACUAAUUAUUUCAUUACUACCUUUUGAAAAAUAAGCACAAAUAGGUAAUUUAUUUGGAAUGUCUCUAGGUUGAACUAUUUCUUGUUAAUUAUGAAUGUGGAGAGUUGGAGACUGAAGUGAAAUAAAAA